UGUCGUCAGUUAAUUCAGAAAGGGCAUAUAUCAUACUGUUAACUACCACCGAUUCGUAGCACUGACCUCAACAAAUCGCUAUGGCACGAUAAAGGAGUCAUGGAAAAGGUAGAAAUCGGGUUUCUGUGUGAGAUAUGUGUCCUGUUCCUGGUCAUGGUGCCCUUCGUGACAGCCAUUGAGGAACUACCUUACCCAGAGACGCUACACAACUGCUUCGUCAGACAAACAAACAAGUCGGACAGCAAUGUUGCUGGUGAACUCAUCAGUACCUACUGUAUCAACCAGUAUCUUUGGGUGUCGGGCCGACCCAGUUGGCAGGCGCCCCGGGACAGUGUCGCAUAUCAAGUCAUACAGAAGCUCUUCACGCAGGGAGCCAAUGAGCUGUCCAGGAGGAAACGAGCAACAGAACCACUUCGGGUCCGGAAGGAGUACCGCAUGCUUUCUCGGGACGAACGCAAACGGUUCCAUGACGCUAUUACCAAGCUAAAGGAAAGAAUCCCAGAUACACGUACCAGUGUGUAUGAUACCCUAGCUGACAUACAUCAAGGCAGAGUAAUUCUUCAGUCAGUGCACGGCGGAGCUAACUUCCUAGGGUGGCAUAGAGUUUACAUUUACCUACUGGAGCAGGCGUUACGUGUUGUAGACGACACUGUCACCCUACCCUACUGGGAUUGUACGCUGGACUAUGAGAUGGAGGAUCCGACGGAAUCUAUUAUAUUUUCUUACAGAUUUGCUGGUAAUGGCGACGGGAAAGUGCUCAAUGGUGUGUUCAGAAAUUGGGGUUUAGUGAGAAAUGUGGGGUUAAAAGGCAAUCUAAUGAGCAAGUGGGCCAUGGACGAAAUUCUGUCUCGUCGACGUACACACAGAAUCACUGAGCCAGAUGCACAGAACCGACACAACAUCGAGUUUCGUCAUAACGGCAUCCAUUCGUGGGUCGGUGGACACGUAGGUUUAAUGAACAUGGCCACUAGAGAUCCCCUGUUCUUUUUGAUACACUGCUUCAUUGAUUACGUCUGGUGGCGAUUCCAGCAGCAGCAGAUAAAAAGAGAUAUAGAUCCGUCUUCAGAUUACCCGAUAAAUUAUGGAUCACAUCAACAUCGUCCGAGCGCAAAGAUGACGGGGUUCCCUGACUAUCGGAACCGUGAUGGCUACUCUAACCACUGGACCAGGGACAUUUACACCUACCAGUUAUCGCCCGAAUGUCCUCAGUGUGGUCAUUCUUCCUGGCUAAAAUGCGUCAGAGGAGUGUGUGUUUCAAAAGCACGAAAUACGCGUCGAGAACGAAACUCGAGACAAACUACGUCUUUCUCACAAUCAGGAAAUGUACGUAAACUUGACAAUGCGGUGCAUCACAAUAUCACACACCAAAACGAAGAUCCGCCGAUUGUGACGAUGAAGAAACGAGCAGGAGACAUUUAUCAUGGAAUAUCUCCCGUACAGAAUACAUUCGAAAUAGACGGUAAAGCAAGCGUUGAUCAAUGGGUGUUCAUGCCAGUAAAGGUUAUAAAUGUAAAAUCGGGGGAUCUGAUAUAUAACUCUUACCCAAUAAACAAUGGCCAUCCCAUGUGGAAUGACGAUAUCUACACCGCGUCGAAUUCAGAAGUUGUGUCGUCAUUCUUACCCCAGCAUAGUGCUGCUACAUACGAGAACUGUAAGCGGUCAACAAGUGGAGCUUUGAAAAUCUACGUACGUAUAGAUGGUCGGAACUACGAUGGUCAUUCUGUAGAGCAUGCGCUGACCGACGAACGACUACCUUUCUCAUCGAGCUACGCAUAUGUGGCGAUAAAAAGUCCGCUUCAUAAACCUGUAGAAUUGAUGGCUACCGCGCAUGACGAGUGCGGACGAAUGUGUAGACCUAUGUGUAGAUUUAAAGGUAACAAUGACUUCAUCCCUUGUACUGGGCACAUGCACAUUAAACACAAAGAUAAUGGUAUGUAUGCGUCCACUGUGGCUGAUGCAAUGCUUACAGUAUGGCGGUUUGAAAACGGUGAAAACAUUUUUCCAAAAUCCUCAGAUAAGCUUGUUUAUCUCAGUUUUUUGUGUGAUUCUAAGUCAUUAUUCCAAUGAAAUUCUACAACCAUUUAACUUAAAAUUGCCUUGAAUGUCUUUUCAAUGGGUUUAAUUUACAAUAUUUAAACAACAAAAAAUCCUUUCUAGGUCAUUUUGUUUUAACAUCAGGCAAUCUAAAUUCCGUAAAUAUCGAUAAAAUCAUUAUAAGUUCAUAAUGACAAUAAACGAUAAAAGUUGAUUGAAGGCUAGAUGGUGAUGUGCUAGGAUAGAGUUAUAAAAAAACAAUUUAAGAAAACAACUUUUUAUGAAGUUGAGUAUAAUUUUAUUUCUCAAAAUGAAACUGAAAAUGUUAUGAAUGUUUAAAAUAUGAUAGCUAUUUUCGAAGUGGUUGAUUCUUUGUUCAUUACGGUAUUCAAUAAAUGUUCUA